CAUGAAGAUGGUUCAAUCAAAUUUUGGCAAGCAUCCGGUGAACAUUUGCAAAUUCUGUACAAGUUAAAAAGUGGACGACAUUUUGAGCGAAAUAGCGGCACAGAAUCACGUGAAGCCUCGCAUGCGGUCAGUUUGAUCAGACUUUGUGUGGAUUCACGCCUACUACUCGUUGCUGGACAAAGUGGCCAGUUGACACUGUUUCGUUUUAUCAAAACCGAAAGCACACAUGAAAUUACCGUUGUGAAUAUUCCAUCUGUAAGCGGUGCAUCAACAAGUAACGAGGAGCGUGUUGCUGUACGGAAUUCACCAAAAAGAGAACUGAGAAGGCAGGGCAAAACAAGUUCAAUGGAUUCGAACAGUUCCGACACCAGUGAGGGAAGCAUCCGCGAUGGUUAUUUCCCGCUGAAAGUACGAGGUGGAGCACUUCGAAGGCCAGCUGGCUAUCAGGUGUUGUACAAAUGA